AGAACUUACCCUCGUCCCCAGCAAUUAAAGAAUGUUUUGUUGCCAAAAGGUUUCGACUGGAGAAAUGUUAGUGGUGUAAACUAUGCCAGCACAACUAGAAACCAACAUAUACCACAAUAUUGUGGAUCAUGCUGGGCUCACGGUUCUACAAGCGCCAUGGCUGAUCGAAUCAAUAUCAAAAGAAAGGCAGCUUGGCCUUCUGCCUAUUUAUCAGUACAGAAUGUAUUAGAUUGUGGCAAUGCUGGAACUUGUCACGGGGGAGAUGAUAAAGGUGUCUAUGUCUAUGCUCAUGAUAAAGGAAUUCCAGAUGAAACAUGUAACAACUACCAGGCCAAGGAUCAAAGUUGUGAUCCCUUCAACCAAUGCGGAACAUGUACAACAUUCGGUGAAUGUGGACAACUCCAGAACUACACUGUAUGGAAGGUAGCAGAUCAUGGUCCAGUAAGUGGCCGUGCUGAUAUGAUGGCCGAAAUUUAUCACAAUGGUCCCAUUAGUUGUGGUAUAAUGGCGACUGCAGGUUUAGAGAAAUAUCGAGGUGGCGUAUAUUCAGAAUACAGUGCGUCUCCUGGUGUCAAUCAUAUCAUAUCAGUAGCAGGCUGGGGAGUUGAUCCUGUUGCUGGAGAGUACUGGAUUGUCAGAAAUUCAUGGGGCUUUCCAUGGGGUGAGCAAGGAUGGUUCCGUAUCGUUACCAGUGCCGCCAAAGGAGGAAAAGGCAACAAUUACAAUUUAGCCAUUGAAACAGAUUGCGCUUUUGCAGAUGUUAUAGUUCCAGCAGGAUAUUAG